AUGUUAUCAGAUAUGUUGAAAUUUGUUGAAUUGGUUUGCUGUAUAUUGCUUUUGGCAAACUUAAUUACAACUUCAACAUCAUCUGGCUUUGACAGUAUCGAAUGUGAUCCGCACUCGAGUCGAGCAAGAACGGGUCGAGCUCGGUUAAUAGCUUCAAUACCAUGUGAUCUCACUAAGCAAUCUUAUUGCAAUCUCCCGGGUGAAUUUUAUCCUUGGAAUGCAGUAAAAAAGUUUGUAUAUGAAAACCAAGGAUUGGUUCGACGUAUGUAUGGAGAUAUGCGACAUAUUUUUGUUAUGCAAUCAGAGUUAUCAAAUGAAGUCGAUUAUGAUGAUAUCCAGCAUACAGCAGAUAAAUAUUCAAAAGCGUUCAACAUGCAUAAUCAGAGACAGAUGAAGGCAAAGAAAGAUACGAUUGAUAGGAAAAACUUUAGAAGCGAAACUGAACCGUAUUUCCGACCUGCACAAAGACCGUCUGCAAUCAACUCAAAGCAGAAGACAAAACCACCAAAAAUAACUUCUAACGAACAAACUGAGUUACUCUUAGAUAAUUUGAUUAAAAGUAAUGUUGACGCAAUUACAGAAGGUGCCAAAAUGAAAGAUGAAAAUUCAUCAAGUUCUGGGGAGUCGGUGAAAACCACAAUAUUAACAUCAGUGCCAUCAGCUUCAACAACGCCGUCCAGUCUCAAGAAAAUCAAAGACGAAUACGAAGUGUCAGAUCAUUUAAAUGAAAUAAAUACAACAGCAGCAACAACGAAUGUUAAGAAUAUAGUGAUAAACUUAUUUAGUAACAUAUCAUCGGCUUUGUCAUCAUCAUCAACAACUUCAACAAUAAGUUCAUUAAAAACAUCGCCUGUCGCUUCAUCUGUAGAUGAUGAAAAACUUUCCACAACCUCUGAGCGCAAUGACAUUCUCGAGAAGGUGGAAGAGUUAGAGAAAGAAAUUUUCAACGAUAUUGAGCAACUAACACAAAAUGAAAGUGAACCCAUCUUAGGAAAUGAAGAUGGUGACAGAAAAAAUACGAAAGAACCACAAACCACUACCACAGAGACUCAGCUGUUUCAAGAUACAGUUCAAAAGGAUAAAGAACCAACACCAGUCGUUAACCGUCGUGGAGUUAAUGCAUGUCCAGUGAAGGAAGAAGUUGUAGCUCCGUUUUGGGGAAAUAACACGAGAGGCGAAAUUCUGGCACUACUGAACGUUUAUCCAUUUGAACAAUACAUAAAUUGGGAGAAAUGUACACACGAACAUGAACAGAUGUACUGUCGCCAUGGAUGUAAAUGCGAACAACAAUAUCGCCUGCAUAGAUUGCUUGCUUAUAAUCCGAUGGAUGCAUGUCGAGGAAUAUUUUCCGACUGGUUUCGAUUCCCAUCUUGUUGUAUAUGUAAAUGUUAUGAUAUUCCAUUUGAUUAUCGUGUCACAUCAAGAAGUCCUCGUGGAUCGGAGAAGAUUCUUCAAGAAGCUCAUGAAACGGAAACUUCCUUCUCAUUGUUCGAUGAAGACGAUGAUGAAAAUUUCUUUGAUGAUCCUGAAUAG